CCGAGAUAAGAUUAGAAGAGAAACUACCGCUCCCUCUCAGCCUCUAACCCAUUCUCCCCCGAACAAGACGACCAAGAUGGGCAAGAAGAGACAGCAAAACGACUUCUUUUUCUUCAUGAUGGAGAAGAAAAGCGAAGUGGAGAGGAAAGUCGGCCGAGUCGUGACGAUGAUGGAGUUGCCUGGCCUUCUGUACCCCGAUUGGAAGGCACUGCCAGAGGAAGAGAAACGCAAGUACAAGAACAUGAGGGAUGACAAGCGAGUUGACGGAAAACUUGAUUGUAGAGGAAUACCUUUGGCUGACAUAAAACAAGAACAGGAGAAAAAUAGGAGGAAAAUUGAGGAGAUGAAGAGCUACAUUGCAAAUAAUGUUUCAGUGUUGCAUUCAGGCAAUGCUCUUCACUGUGGUAAGUUCUACAUUGUCAGUACAUCUUACUAUGUGUUGACUGAGGAGGGCCACUAUGCUCCUGCUGAGCUGGGAGUAGUCCAGUUCUCUUUGCAGAGGGGGAUUAUCAAGGAAUUCCACAUGAUACUGAAACCGGUGAUUCCCCUGUCCUACGGUUACAUGGCCCAAGUUUACUCCGAGGCAAACCACAUGCUCCUUGAGGAAGAGAACACAAGUAAUGAGGAGAAGGAAGAUGUGGCCGUGGCCCUCAAGCAGUUUGUACAGGAAGAGAAUAAUAGGCUGCCUCCGUUAUACACUUUGGAAGAGGAAAUGCCACAGACGGAGGCAAUCCUUAGAGAAAUAUGUGGACCAGAUUACUUCAGUGUGUAUUCCCUAGACCAGCUGUUCCAGCAUUUUUACUCUGUGACUUUUGUUGACAAUCCCAUACCCUUGAGCAUUGCUACAGAUAUACUGACACACUGUAGCCUGGAUUACCACCCAUCCUUGCCAUGUGGAUGGCACCAGACAUACCAUAAGGAUGCAGGUCGAUACUGCUCUCUAGCUUGUGCAAAACGUUGGGUGUUUCACAUCUGCGAUAACAUGAAACUGUUAGACACCUUUGGCAUAAAGCCACAGGAGGGUAAACACCUACCCCAGCCCAUCCCAGCUUUUGGGACUGUGGUAGAUGUUCCCAGACACACCUUUAAGGUAAUAUUUAAUGUAUUUUAG